GCGCCAGCAGCGCCAGCAGCGCCAGCAGCGCCAGCAGCGCCGGCGCCGCGGCCACCAGCGCCACCUACUGAGGCAGCACAGGCAGCUUCGUCUCCAAAGAUGCUGCCAGCGCCUGUGCCAGCCGACCAGAUGCCUGAGAUCGUCAGAUCGAUCGACAGGCCUCUCCCCAGUGUCAGAAGCAGAGUGCAACAACUGGAGGAGGCCACAGCUGCCACCACCCGAGAUGCCCAAGAUCGACGGCCCCUGCGGCCACCCCCGGGUGGCCUUGGGCGCAGCAGCUUUGGACAGGUCAAGGUGCCAACACCCAGACAUGGACCUCACAUGCAGGAAGUGGUCGCGCCACCCCCUCCCAAGGCGCCUUCCCGCAAGGCGUCGCCCGCUCCCCGGCCUCAAGAGAUUCAGGCACACUUUGUGGACUAUCAAGACUCUCACGAGGCACCCAGCCGCCGCAUGUCUCCGGCCGGCUCCAGCGAGCCCUUGGUGCCACAGUCGCCACCAUGGCAGGCAGCGGCGCCAAGCAGCCAGGACACCAACCAGGCGCCGCAGCUUCCACACCUGCUUUGCAGGCCCGGUCGCAUGGCGCUGACCGAGCUCGCUAGCGAGGAGGCCAAGCCGGACUCGCCGGAGAGGUGCCGCAAACAGGAGAGCCAUAGCGGCAGCGAGGCCGACAGCUGCCGCCGUGGCCGGCGAUCCGCCGUCGUUUGCGGUUCUGAUCGGAAGGUCUCACCUGGACGAUCUGACAGUUCGGUCGACAUGGCGGCGCUGGAAGCUCCUGGUUCUCCCCAGGGAGGCUCCAGCAGCCGCGGUUCUUUGCAGGAUCGAAUCAACCAGCAGCUGGACAAGGAACUCAGCAGUCACAGCCCUUCCGAGGCCGGAGACGCCGAAGCUUUGGAAGCUGCGCCGCAGACGCAGGUGGAUGACCUUCCCUUUGCCUUGGGACAGAAGGCUGAAGAUAUUCCUUCAGAUGCUGCUGUCGCCGACUUCCUUCUGCAGAUGCACGAGCAGACUGGCAAGGGUCAGACCAGCCGAAGCAGCUCAGAGGCAAAUGACCUUUCUGCGUAUGCUGCUCAAGCGGAACAAGGAUUAGAAGAUGGUAAGCCUGAAGAGGUCCAUGAAGAGAUCGAGAAAGAGGCCAGCCGCAGGAGCUCAGAGGCAGAAGAGCCUGAGCAGCAGGAAGCGGAAACAGAGGAGCAGGCAGAUGACAUUCCUCUGGAUUCUGCCCAAGCAGACCAAGCAGUGGAAGAGAUCAAGCCUGAAGAGGUCCAUGAACAGAUGGAGAGAGAGACCAGCCGCAGCAGCUCAGAGGCAGAAGAGCCUGAGCAGCAGGAAGCGGAAACAGAGGAGCAGGCAGAUGACCUUCGACUGCAAUCUGCCCAAGCAGACCAAGCAGUGGAAGAGAUCAAGCCUGAAGAGGUCCAUGAACAGAUCGAGAGAGAGACCAGCCGCAGCAGCUCAGAGGCAGAAGAGCCUGAGCAGCAGGAAGCGGAAACAGAGGAGCAGGCCAAGGCAGACCUUCCUCUGGAUUCUGCCGCAGAGCAGUCGUCGGAAGAGAUCAAGCGUGAAGAGGCGGUGGCUGAGAUGCGGGAGAGUGCUAGCGGCUCAGAGGCAGAUGAACCUGAGCAGCAAGAAAGGGAAGUUGAAAAGCAGGCGCAGGACGUUCCUUUGGACACGGUCCCGGCACCAGCAUUGGAAGCGAGCAAAGCUGAGGAUCCAACGCCUGCAGCGCCUGUUCCACCAGCAAGCAGUUUCUCCAGUUUCAAGCUGAACGCCUGCGCCGUGGCAUUCGUGCCGGGCGCCAUGACCUGGACGGGGCUCAACGCGGAGGCACCGGCGGAAAUCCAGCAGCCCAAGGAUGCGAAGCAAAUCACGGAAGAGACGUGGGAAAACUACAUUUGCGACCAGAAGCAGAAGGAAAAUUUGGCGGCGCAAGCAACCUCGCACACAGAGGUGUGGCAACAGCUGAUGAAGAAACAGCUGACACUCUUUCCGCUCCACUUGAGGCUGAACCUCUUCCUGCAGAUGCUGUCCCUGAACAAACUCUGGAAGAAAGACAGCCUGAAGAGGCCGAACCUCUUCCUGCAAAUGCUGUCGCCGAACAAGCUCUGGAAGAAAGAAAGCCUGAAGAGGCGUUUGCAUGUGGAUGAGAAGAUGGAUGAGAACAGCAUCCGCGGCAUCUCAGAGGCAGGGCCUCAAGUUCGCAAGAUUGGGGUUCUGAAAAUUCUCGAAAGUGGGACGUUGAUUACCAUGGUUCGGUGA